AAAUGGGCAAAUUUAUGAAACCCAGGAAGGUGGUGCAGGUCUUAGCUUGUUGCUACUCCGUAUGCAAGGCGGUCAUCAUGAAGAACAUUGAUGAUGACACAUCAGACCGUCACUACAGGCAUGCUCUGGUGGCUGGGAUUGACCACUAUCCCUGCAAAGUGACAGCUGCCAUGAGCAAGAAGAAAACUGCCAAGAAGUCUACGAUCAAGUCUUUCAUGAAAAUUGAUAAUUACAAUCACCUCAUGCCUACAAGGUACUCUGUGGAUAUCCCCUCAGACAAAACUGUUGUCAACAAGGACAUCUUCAGAGACUCUGCUCUGAAAUGCAAGACUUGACAGGAGGACAAGGUCAAGUUUGAAGAGAGGUGCAAGACCUGCAAGAACAAAUGGUUCUUCCAGAAGCUGCAGUUUUAGAUCUUUUUUGUUUUGGCCAUUAAAAAUCAAAA